CACCACAUCAGAAAACUCCUAUGCCAAGUCCGCAGCCUGAACCAUCUAUACAAAACGAAGACAGUGUGAUCCGAUCUCCAAUUCGAAGAGUAUGUCGUGACUUAACAACUUCCUUUGAAAAUGCUUCUCCCAAGGACAUUCUCGCGAUCCCAACAGUCGAACAAAGAAACCAAACGAGGAAAAAUUAUCGCAGAGGGAAAACUGUUGUUCUCACUUCAACCCCCUACAAAAAUGAGUUGAAAGAACGUGAAAAUCUUAAACAGACAAAGAAGUGUUCAAAUCCUAAUGAUCCCCGUUUAAAGAGAAAUGCGAAGAAACAGAAGAAGAAGGACGUAGAAAAAGUGGGCGAGGAUAUCUUAUGCCUCUAUUGCGUUGACGAGAACCUUAGUUACUUGAAGUCUGCAGUGAAUUGGGUGGCCUGCCAGCUGUGUGAACGUUGGUCUCAUACAGCCUGUGCUGGAAUUGACGACAAAAAUUCGAAAGAAAUCCACAUCUGCUUAUACUGUGAAGCAAUAUAA